AAUGUAGGUUAAACGACGUCGUUCCCCGAGGAUGUAGGACGGCUAUAUACGCGGAGAACAGACCGCAGGUGCGCUGCAGUUGCUGGUUCAUAGCGGUACUAGAAGGAACAAACGAGCAGGAGGACAUUUGCUACCACUGACAUCAUGCUUCGACAGUUAACGCUCCUCGUCAUAGGAGUCGCGAUGGUCAUGGCUCAACGCCGACUUGCGCUGCCAGACCCCCGCAGUUGUGCCAACAGGGUCCGACAUUCAACUUACAGAGACGCCAGAGGAGUAGCACACACUUACUUCUUCAGUUGGGAACAUGGACCAACCCGGAGUCUGGAAGUAGACUGGCUAGACGCUAGGAACAUUUGCAGACGUCACUGUAUGGACGCAGUCUCCUUGGAAACCCCCCAGGAGAACGAGUUCAUCAAACAAAGAAUCUCCAGAGGUAACGUUCGAUACAUCUGGACAUCCGGACGCAAGUGUAACUUCAACGGAUGCAACCGUCCCGACCUGCAGCCUCCUAAUGUGAAUGGUUGGUUCUGGUCUGGUUCGGGUGCCAAGAUUGGACCCACAACCCAGCGCAACUCCGGGGACUGGAGCGCCACAGGUGGAUUCGGCCAGCCCCAGCCCGACAACAGAGAGGCUCCCCAGGGUAAUGAUGAAUCUUGCUUGUCCAUUCUGAACAACUUCUAUAACGAUGGCAUUAAAUGGCAUGAUGUUGCCUGUCACCACCUGAAACCCUUCGUUUGUGAGGACAGCGAUGAACUGCUCAACUUUGUGCGUUCCCGAAACCCCGGCAUCCGUCUCUAAAAUCUAACACUAACAAAACCCAACCCUAGCGGCUUGGAAAUCUGGUCUCCUUCUCCUCUUAGAUCCUGUCCUUAUGUGAAUAUUCCUGCAACCCAUAACAAAUACACAAGUUUAUGUAUUUUAUAAAUUAAUGAUUAAAUAAAUAUUUUAAUAUUUAAACCUAA